GUAACAAGUUAUAUGCAAAGUGAUUUAGACAAAGCUAUAAAGAUACAACCUCUCACUGAUGAUCAAGUUCAGUUAUAUUAUCAGAUAUUACGUGGACUCAAGGACAUUAAACCUAGCAAUAUUGGAGUUAGUUCAGAUCUUGAGAUUAAAAUUUUAGAUUUUGGCUUGGGUCGUAAAAAGAAAGGAGAAAUGACAGGUUAUGUAACUACACGAUUUUGGAGAGCACCAGAAAUAUUACUGCAGUGGAUGCAUUACGAUCAGAAAGUGGAUAUCUGGUCUGUUGGUUGUAUAUUAGCAGAAUUAUUGACUGGACGAGUUUUGUUUUAUGGAAUUAAUUAUCUCCUAGAGAGAUUACUUCAUCUUGAUCCAGACCGACGACCAUCAGCAGCUGAAGCCCUCGAACAUAGCUACUUUAGUUGGUUACAUCGUGUCGAUGAUGAGGUGGUUGUGGUCUUUAAAUUAGCUUGGGAGAGUAGUGUCAGUCUAGACAAGGGAGAGGUGUUAAGACGUCAAUCAAUGCCACCAAGAGUGUUUAUUAAGCAACACACAGUAGAAAUGGAAGAUGAAGAGAUUUUUCUGACCACACCCACUAUUAACAAUGCUCCACUAUCACUUCCUGAUUCAACUGAAAUUGAUCCUAAACCAGGAACUCCAACAAAACGAUUUAUUCAUUCUUCUCCAUCUGCUUCUCCUCGUUCUAGUUCCAGAAAAAUGAGAUUAGCAUCUCGAAGGGGAUCAGCCAUGUCGUCUCUACGACCUAGUCAAUCUGAAGAUACACCAGCUGGAGAUGGAGGAUCUCAACUUGCUUCCCCUCAG